CCAGCUGGAGUCCUGCAUUGCCAAAAUUGGCAGUUUAUCACACAUUGACCCUUUAACAAGUCAGUCUAAGAGCAGAAUGGGUAGCACUGCUAACUGUACUCCCAAGUAAAACCCCGUUAGAUGUGCGUUAGCUUCAUCUGCAGGCUGAAAAGUAUAAUAAAGGUUUGAAUAUCAUCGGGUACUUUUCCUCCCAAGGGAUGAUGGGACAUAAGCAGUGUUUCUCUGUAUGGAUUUGUAGUGGUUUUGCCAGCUGGAAUAUUUCCUGCAGGGUAACAGACAUAAAAGGAAAUUAAUUUUGCUGGUUUUACAUUACUAAUUCAUGUGGUGUUCUUAUGCCCACUGUUCUACCUAAACAGUAUCUCUAUUUUGGAAGAAAAAAAUAAUAACCAUUUCACACACAAGCACUGCAGGGCAUGUGAAUAGUGCUGGUAGUUUGAAUUUGUGUAUUCGAGCUAUGGCACUUUUGCCAUAUGAAUAUCGUCAAGGUAAAUUUGCCUUUAGACUGCUGAUAAAUUUAAUGUGAGAAUAAGGGUUGCUUUCUGCUUGGCAGGCAUAUAAACAUUUUAAUCUUGUAGUUGGGUGGCAUAAAAGUGUUGCUUUUUACACCAUGUAUUUAUACUUAAUAAAUGGUGUCUUGGUCAGGCGAGAUAUGUCGGGGUUCUACAGAUUAAGCAAGUUAGUGGUCCCUACUAGGAUGUAUUUCAUUGUUCUUCCAGUUAAAUACAAAGUAUUUAAGUAUCUAUUUGCCUAAAUCCUUACCCAGCUAGUAGCAGUCUUCCUCCAAACAGGUUGGUGGUAGCCCAGCUUUUCCUCUGAAGGUGUGGCAGAAAUCAUGCAGUGUGAAGUAACUCUGGGCUUCCUCAUUCUUUCUGUCUGUUCUGAAGUCAGGACUUGGAGUGCUGCGGUUCAUCUGAAACCCCAGCUUGCCUCACGCGUUCACCCGUCUGAUUCCAUGCGGAUGCUCCUCCCCACAGGGUGGGUCAGCCUGGUACAAUAAAAUGAUAGUAUCAAGAUCAGUUGAGCGCAGAGGCUGCGAGCAGUACUCGUGCACACUCCCUGCCAGGGAAAGGACUACUUAAGCAGUGUUCAGAAGCUUAAGCUGGGGAGUAGAGGAUGAUCUCAGAUCACUGAAGGAAAGAACUGCUUGAAGACCAAGUUGUGAAUUAUUCUUACCACAGCUAAGGGCUUUUUUCUUGUGGCUUCUAAAAGCUUUUUGUUUGGGUUUUUAUUCUCUACAGACAGUAAUAUUAUUAAACUCUCUUCACUGGAGAGAUAUUUUUUAAUAGAAAAUUCAGGUUUUAUGUACAGGUGUAAGUUAGCGAAGGUCUUGAUGUCUCUUUUAAGGUCUCGAUGAUUGUAUUGAAAAGCCUGCUUUCAGAAGAUUGUUCUGUAGGAUGACCAGGUGAAUUGAAUGACUAGCCAGUGAAAACAGAAUCAAGUGCUUGUGUUCUUGAGGAGGGGGGAGGUCAAAUGCCUGUUUUUAAGUUCUUCCUGGAAAUGGAAUUUUUCUUAUGAAAUCUUGCCUCUGAAGAUCUGUAAUAAACAUUUUAUACAGGAUUUUCCUGUAGGGCCUCACAACUUUUUAUUGGGAAUGACUGAAAUAUUUAACUGGGAAGAAAAAAGAUUUUCAGAGAGAAAUAUUUCCUUCUGAGGUAGCACUUUAUUAAUACGUGAAAGGCCUUUUUUUUUCUUUCCUUGGAGCUGUUACAUUUGCCUAACUCCUGGAAGGAAACAUGAAGAUCUUAAAGCAUGUUAUGAAUAAUCUUUCAUUUAGUAGAACUACGGGGAAUUGGCACAUUCAGGAUCCAGCAAGCCAGCGGUUGACAUGGAACAAACCUCCCAAGAGCGUCCUUGUUAUUAAAAAGAUCCGUGAUGCCAGUCUGCUGCAGCCUUUUAAAGAGCUUUGUGUAUAUCUUACUGAGGAGAACAAUAUGAUAGUGUAUGUAGAAAAAAAAGUAUUGGAAGACCCCGCUAUAGCUAAUGAUGAGAAUUUUGGACCAGUGAAGAAGAAAUUUUGCACCUUCAGAGAAGAUUAUGAUGAUAUCUCCAAUCAGAUAGACUUUAUCAUAUGCCUGGGAGGAGAUGGGACCUUGCUUUACGCUUCUUCACUUUUCCAGGGUAGUGUACCUCCAGUUAUGGCUUUUCAUCUGGGAUCCCUUGGAUUUCUUACUCCAUUUAAUUUUGAGAAUUUUCAGUCCCAAGUCACUCAGGUUAUAGAAGGCAAUGCAGCCCUUGUUCUACGAAGCAGGCUGAAAGUGAAAGUAGUUAAAGAGCACAGAGAGAAAAUGACAGUACAAAAUGGCAUAGAAGAAAAUGGAGUAGUGUCUACAAAUAUAGAGAAAGAAGUGGGCAAGCAAGUUAUGCAAUAUCAGGUCCUAAAUGAAGUUGUAGUGGAUCGUGGUCCUUCAUCUUACCUUUCCAACGUAGAUGUCUUUCUUGAUGGGCACCUGAUAACAACAGUGCAAGGAGAUGGAGUCAUUGUCUCCACGCCGACUGGUAGCACUGCGUACGCAGCUGCAGCAGGAGCUUCUAUGAUUCAUCCCAAUGUUCCUGCAAUAAUGAUCACCCCAAUCUGCCCUCACUCAUUGUCUUUCAGACCUAUUGUUGUUCCUGCUGGAGUGGAACUCAAGAUUAUGCUCUCCCCAGAUGCCAGGAAUACAGCGUGGGUUUCAUUUGAUGGAAGGAAGAGGCAGGAAAUAUGCCAUGGAGACAGUAUUAGCAUCACUACCUCUUGCUAUCCCCUUCCUUCGAUCUGUUUCCGAGAUCCUGUGAGCGACUGGUUUGAAAGCUUGGCUGAGUGUUUACACUGGAAUGUUCGGAAGAAGCAAAAUAACUUUGCUGUUGAAGAAGAAGAAUUUUGAGUGUCUACAUCUAACAAGACUCAUGGGAAUGGAAAGUGGCAGUAUCCCUUCUAUAUGCUUGGAUCUUAAGGUUUUUGGCUAACAAGUGUGGUCACCAUCUCAGACAUAUAUAGUGAUUAUAGUUUAUAUUGGUCUAAUCUGCUGAUGGCUGGAAAUUAUUGUGCUACUCCUGUCCACCAAGAGUAGAAAUGGAAGAAAUUAGGCUCUGAUUGUUGUAAUCCAGUGUGAAUUUCCUUCAAAUGAGCAAUCUGAAGAUUGAUUCUUUCUGAUUGGUAUUGACAACUGCAUCUGUAGAUUUGAUUGUAACCUGUAACUUACCAGUAACAUGGUAGGCUGAAUGUAGAUACAUAAUAGAAAAGUGGCAGUAGAAAAGUGGCAUUAAAAUACUCUGUUUCAUUUGGUACAUUCGUAAUUCUAUUUAAGAGUGCUAUGCAUAUAAAGGCUCUAAGAAAUUUUCUUGAAGAGAAAAAAGAAACUCCUCUUUGUUAGCUUAAAUACAUCUUGCCCAGAACAGCUCCCCAUCAACACAGUGCUUAAAAUACUUUCUCCUUACCUGCAAAUGUGACACACUGUGAAGAAACACCCAUGAAGAAUGCUUUUUUUUAUUAAUAGAUGGAAUUAGUUAAGUAAAAAAAAAAAAGUAUUUUUUUUUUAAAUAUAUAUACAUAUGUGUUUCUUCCAUUUGAACAGCGUUUGACCCUGGGCUGCCAACAAAUAGCAUGGGCAAGCAUUAGUGUGAGCUGAGUUGAUGAUUACAGUGAUCUCCAUUUCUGUAGCUGAGCUAGUUUAUAGCUCUGCAGUUCCUGUUGGUGGGAAUCAUCAGUGUGUUGGUUUUUCUUAACAUUGUUUGAUUCUCUGGAAUACACAGUAGCAUCAGAGACUAUAAAAUCACAAAAACCCAAUUCUCCAAAUGUUCAAGAAGAAUCUGGACUUCAAUUACUACUAUCUUGUCUGGUUUCACUACUGUCUUAAAUAAAGAGUAUCCUAUACUAGGCCCUGAAUGCCCUCAACUUCCAUAGAUACCUUCCUGCUCUUGGUGCUGAGUAAUAGAGAAAGGGAUGCUGCAUUGAUAGGCAGGUAGAUAAAUGAGAGGACACAUUCCCAGUAGAGUAGCAACGGUGCCUUCAGCACACUCAAGAUAUUCUAAGUCUCGUAUUUACUUUUAUAAGAUGCUUUCAAAUGUUUCUAACUUCUCCAUGUACAUAUUUUAUUGUAUGUGCUUUUAUGAAAGAAAAAACCCAACAGAAAAUCUAGUUGGGAAUAAAGGGUUUGUACUGUACUAUAACUGAAAAACAUCAAACCCAACUAUAAUGUUUACAUUUAUGUUCUCUGUUGGUGCAGUCUUAUGAUCAUACUAUUCAAACUUCAGCAUUUUCAACGUCUUGCUGCAUUGGUCAUUAAAGGAAUGGACAUUAUCUGUUAAAUCUAAGCCUGUGGCAUAAUACUGUGGAGGAAUUAAUUUACUGAUUAAGGUGGGAUUUCCUUGAAAGUGGAGUGAGAACUUUUCAUGAUUGUCUUACCUUGUUCAUGUGGUCCAAAGUGGUAAUGGGAAAUGUAUUCAUUUCCAAACUCUGCCUAACCUGCUGUCCUCUGAUGGUUUAAAUAAUGUCUCUUCCAUUUUGGAUGCUGCCCCAGUUUGUCUGAUUUUGCUAAAUCCAGGUGAGAGCACUUUUCCAUAAAAGAGAAACAAAACUCUCCAUUAACGAUACGAAUCACAAUGAAAAAUGUGUUAAUAUAAAUGAAUACUCAGUUUGUAAAUUUUGUAAAAUAGAAUAUUGGUUUGAUUUGGUCUAAAUAGAUGAAUUCUGUGCUAUCUUGGAAGAAUAUCCAGAUAGCUUUUGGGAUUUCUCUUUCACUUGAAUCUGCAGUCAUUGUUUUAUCACUGUUUUGAAGCUGCUUACGGGUUUCCUAGGCGAAGUAUUCAGUUAUUAAAUAACUGUUUACUUUUUGAACUAUAGAAGUGUCAGACUUUUUGCUUUGAAACUAUUUUAUUUAAACAUGCAAUAAUUGAGAAAAGGAACAGGGUAUGGUGGCUAGGUAGAGGUAUUGUUAAGUGGGAUAGCAGGCACACUAGGAAGUGGAAAUCAUUUUGCGGAGGUGAGGCGAAAUGGUUAAUGAGCCUUAUCUAGUAUUUUUUUAAAGAUAAAAUUAUAUUCAGCACUUUUUAUUUAUGCUUUUUAUAAUAGUAAAGCUAUUAUUGACUAAAUUGCCGAACUUUGAUUUUCAGAGUGCAUACUUCAUGAAAUCUGUAAUCACAACUUACCUAACUAUUUUCUCUAGAUUAGAUCUAGAUUAGGAGUUGUCUUUAAAUUUAUCAUGUACUGCAAUUGCAUCACUGGCUUUGAGGCUUCUGCAGUUUUGCUUGUACAACUCUUCCUGCUCGAUAGCAAUGUUAUUUGGAUCAUUGAUCCGCCAAGCAGAGAGCUACGGUCGCCCACUAAAGGAAAGAAAGUCACACGAUGACUUUAGUCUUUGCUUUUUCUUCAAAAAGCUGUGUUGAUUCUAAUUGUACUAGCUGCUUUAUAUCAAAACACAACCCAAAUUGUGUUAAUACAUUACAGAUUUAUCUAACUGUACAAAGUCCCUUUUUGAGGCCUUUAAUCUGCAAACCAGCAGCUCACAAGCAGGCUAGUGGGGUUUAAACAGCACCCAAGUUGUGCAUAUUGAACAAGUGUGAGUAAUAUCUGUGCAAACCACAGCACAACCAGGAAAAAAAACAGCUGUAAUGCAGACUUGGUUAUAUUGGCAAUAAAAGCUCAUUUUGCAGAUGUAGCUUACUCAAAGUAACUUGUUUAAACUGUACUGGUAACAUAGGGGUUUGCUGAUUAAGAGCUGUGUUUCUAAGGGUUUGUAAAUGUCACUAUACCUGCAAAUCCUUUCCAGUCUACAAAGGGUCAAAGUGGAAGCUGGGAAAAUAAUUUGGGGUUUCUUCCCUUUAAGAAGUUAUUCUCUACUAGAGAGUUUCAGAAGUUACUAACAACUGAUGUAGUGUGGAAUAAAGCAGUGUACUGAAUUUUUAAGAGGUAAAAAUCCUGUUACAUAUUGUUAAUGCUUUGAAAACUUGUUUUAAAUAUUGUUGAAAACAAAUAUUUUUCAAUCCUUUCAAUAAAAUCUUUUUGUAAAGU